AUUCCACACCCCUUUCCAGCACAGUUAAAAGUAGCGCACUGAAAGAGAGGGAGAGACAUAGAGGAGCCACUCUGAUUAGAGGAGCACAACGGCGCGGAGAAGGUAGAGUUGACGUCGUGCUUGAAACGAAACAAAGACGGGGAGAGAGAUGGGGAUAAAAUUGUGGGGGCAAAAGCGUUGGAUGGACUCCGAUCGGUGCGUCGUGACGGAAUCGAUGCCUCUGCCCACUUGCUCCGUUCUGUUGGGAGAUCUAACCCUUCUUUGGUUGAAAUUUUUUUGAUUCUUGGCGCGUCCUGUUGUCGUUCUACGCUCCCAGAUUCGCCAGCUGGUUUCUUUUUCUUUUGUUUUCCAAUUUUUUCGGUUGCGGUCCUGGAUGCUUGUUCCGUGCGGUUGGUGCUUCUUGUUUGCGGAUUUCCAGCGCAUCUGGACGGAGGUUUGGGGUGCGAGUCUCAGCGAGAUAUUAGUCUGGAGCAUAGCAUGGCAGGUUUGAGUAUGAGCCAUGAUCUUGGUGGAAGCUAUGGUGAGAAGGUUCUCUUAAAUGGUGAUGUCUAUGUUGGAAAAUUUGAUGGUUUGCUUCCUCAUGGGGUUGGAAGAUACACCUGGUCAGAUGGAAUAAUAUAUGAUGGGCAAUGGGAGCAAAGCAAAAUAACUGGUAGAGGUAAGAUAUGUUGGCCAUCAGGUGCAACAUAUGAAGGUGAAUUUUGUGGAGGUUUCCUGCAUGGUUCUGGCACUCUUUUUGGAGUUGAUGGCUCUGUGUAUAAAGGUUUGUGGAGGAUGAAUAAACAACAUGGAAAGGGAAUCAAAGCUUACUCAAAUCUAGAUGAAUAUGAUGGUCUGUGGAGGGAGGGGUGGCAAGAUGGUCAUGGCACAUACAGAUGGAGUAAUGGUGAUACUUAUACUGGAAAUUGGAAGGCUGGAAAGAUGCAUGGUAAAGGGGUUAUGAAGUGGGCAAAUGGUGAUAUAUUUUAUGGGAACUGGUCAGAUGGAUUAGAAAAUGGCUCAGGCUGUUAUAAAUAUGGGGAUAGAUCAAUUUAUGUUGGAAUCUGGAGCAAAGGGUUAAAGGAUGGACAUGGAACUUUUUUCCCUCCUGGAAGCAAGCUACCUAGUCAACUUAGAUAUUUAGAAUCUGUUCUGUGUGAUAAUAAGGUACCAAGUCUUUCUCAUUCUUUAUCAUACAGUGCUGAAGAGCCAGUGAGCAAAAAGCCCCCUAAAGGAAGAUGUAGAAUCAAUAGAUGGAGAAUACCUGCUUGCUUCCUAAAAUCAAAGCGAAUAUCACAUAGGUCAUCAUCCCUUGGAGUCUGGAGUAUCGACACUGGUUGUAGCAGUUUGUCAGAGAACACAUCCCAGACACAGUGUUCUUCAUAUGAUAGUCAACAUGUACUCGUAGAUACCUGUGUUGUAGCUUUUGAUAGAGAGUACAUGCAAGGAGUUCUAAUAACCGAAAGAAUUAGUUAUUUUGAUUUUCAAAGAUCACAAAGAAAUAAAAGAAACUGGAAGAUGAAGAAACAAUCAAGGGGACCUGGUGAAAAUAUUUACAGAGGUCACAGGAGCUACUAUCUGAUGCUAAACUUGCAACUUGGAAUUAGGUAUACAGUUGGGAAAAUCACACCAGUGCCGAUGCGUGAAGUGCGAUCCUCUGAUUUUGGGUCUCGAGCUAGAAUAAGAAUGUACUUCCCUUGCAUGGGAUCUCAAUUUACACCUCCACACAACUCUGUUGCUUUCUUUUGGAAGGAUUACUGUCCUAUGGUUUUUAGGAAUCUUCGUGAAAUGUUUAAGAUAGAUGCUGCUGACUACAUGAUGUCCAUAUGUGGAGGUGAUGGCCUAAAAGAGCUUUCAUCUCCGGGGAAAAGUGGCAGCAUAUUUUACCUUUCGCAGGAUGAAAGAUUUUUAAUAAAGACUCUAAGAAAAUAUGAACUUAAGAUUCUAUUGAAGAUGCUGCCGAAUUAUUAUGUUCAUGUUGGAGCCUAUGACAAUACUCUAAUAACAAAGUUUUUUGGUCUCCACAGACUAACUAUAAAAGGGAGGAAGGUUCGCUUCGUGGUUAUGGGAAAUAUGUUUCGGACAGAAUUGCGAAUCCACCGUCGGUAUGACUUGAAGGGUUCCUCUAUUGGAAGGUGUACAGGAAUGCAUAAAACUAAUGGGAUCACAACAUUGAAAGACCUUGAUUUGUCAUAUGUUUUUCAUUUAGAGAAAUCAUGGCGAGAGUCACUUUUUAGACAAAUCUCUCUAGAUUGUAAGUUCCUGGAAUCACAAUCAAUAAUUGAUUACAGCUUGUUGCUGGGACUGCACUUUAGGGCUCCUGAGCAUUUGAAGGCAUAUUCAGAAUCUCGUAAUCACCCAACGGAGAAUGCAGCUGAGUCCCAGUUACAUGAAGAAAUCAGGAACCUACCAAAGGGUUUGCGCUUGGUAGCACAUGAACCAAGUUCUGUGACUAGUCUACCAGGUUCACACAUCCGAGGCAGCACAUUAAGAGCAUCUGCAGCUGGUAAUAAGGAAGUUGAUCUUCUUUUGCCUGGCACUGGAAGGUUGCGGGUACAAUUAGGGGUGAACAUGCCAGCUCAAGCUAAUUUGAAGCUACUUCACAACUGCCUCCUUGAUUCAGCAGAAAUUGAUCCCAUUGAAGUCUAUGAUGUCGUUCUCUAUUUUGGAAUUAUCGACAUAUUGCAGGAGUAUAACAUGACUAAGAAAAUAGAACAUGCCUGCAAGUCACUCAAGUACGAUCCCCUCUUGAUUUCUGCUAUUGAACCAAAGACGUAUUCCAAGCGGUUCAUCAGUUUCCUGAAGGAGGUUUUCCCUGAAUAAGUUCUUUGAUCAUGAAAUUAUUUAUUUUUUCAACAAUCUAUUUGAAAGCUAGCCUCUCUAUUAUGAGGAAUCAAGGAGGAACUUUUUUCUCGUGCAAUGCUGAUCGAAACUGGUACCCUCACUGCUCUUGAGUUUGGCAAAGGUUUUCACAAAACAUUUCAUCUUCAGUGAACGCAAUCGAGCAACUGAAUGGAGAGGCGGUCAACAUCUCGUCAUCAUGCAAAUGCAUAGUGGCGCUCUCCAGCCAGGUCGACAGAUUACUUCUGUGAGGUUAAUCAAUGUUUUCCUAUUGUGUAUCAUGGUCAACCAUCAUCAUGUCUAUGAGCUGAUAAAGUGAUCCAUGAAACUAAACCUGCAAUUCAGUUCGCCCAAGUUCUUGCCGUUCCUUAUUACAGCUGAAAUAUAGGAAUUUAAAGAAAAGAACUACUUGCAUUUGUGGCUUGUGUCUGGUCUGCAGGAGUUUGAACAGUUGGAAUGACUGUCGAGGACCAACUGAUCAUCUCAUUCGUGGGUUCAUUCAAAUUUCAUUGAGAAGUAGAAGCAUGAUUUAAGCACAUUGAUAAGGCUAUUGUUAUAGUAUGGAUAAUGUCAUGGUACCCAAUAACUCAAAUUCGGAUUCCGAAUAAGAUUGUAUCAUUUAACAAUUUCUUUUUGCACAAAUAAAGGCGUGUGACACUUGAGCUACUUGUGUAGCUGUGUCAUUUCUGGUGGCUCA